CCCUCUUCCCUCUCUCGGAGCUUCAAGUGUUGGUCGAGGGACUCGUAAUCGUCUGGAUUUUGUCCACCAUCAUCACCACGACUUGGACUUGUGCACCAACGCUCACACUCCCGCGUCAGCACAUCAACCCCUCCUUCUUGUCCCGCAUUGACUCUUGCCUGCUGGCUGACAAGUCUACAUCCAUCCGGCACAACCGCAGGACUCCACCAUCAUCGACAGCAGUGGAGCCGCUCUUAGAUUCGCUGAGCCGCAUUCACAGCUUUUUCCGCCAUAUCUAGGAGCGUUUAGUACUCUUUGCUUCCUUUUGGUCCACAAUGUGCGGCAUCUUCGCAUACGUCAACCACUUGGUGGAGAAGGACCGACGCCAAGUCGUAGAGACUCUCGUCAAUGGUCUGGCACGACUCGAGUACAGAGGAUACGACUCUGCGGGUAUUGCUGUUGAUGGCGACAGUGACAAGGAGGUGCUCAUUUACAAACAGGUCGGCAAGGUUCAGGCUCUCCGCAAGCACAUUGCAGACUCUCCAGUUGAUCUCAACAAGACCUUUAUCAGCCAAGCUGGUAUGGCUCACACCCGAUGGGCUACGCACGGCCAGCCCAGCCCCUUGAACUGCCACCCCCAUCGCUCUGACCCUACCAACGAAUUCACUGUGGUUCACAACGGUAUCAUCACCAACUACAGAGAGCUCAAGCUCGUGCUCUCCAAGCGAGGUUUCAAAUUUGAGAGCGAGACGGACACCGAGUGCGUGGCUGCUCUCUGCAAGUACCUGUACGACUCUGCCCAAGGCCGCAAGCCGGACUUCACGAGUCUCAUCAAGAGCGUGGUCAAGGAACUGGAGGGUGCGUUCUCAUUCGUGUUCAAGUCGGUGCACUACCCUGGCGAGAUUGUACUCGCUCGACGCGGUUCCCCACUUCUGAUUGGUGUCAAGACCGAAAAGAAGCUCAAGGUGGAUUUUGUCGAUGUCGAGUUCGGCAACACCGCCGAGGCAGACGACAAGCUCACUUCUGUUCCUCAGCCUGGUCUCCUCGCUCCUCCCGGUGGCCACCCUGACGGCCCUGGUGGACUGCAAAUCCCGGGCGCCAACAACAAGCUAAUUCGCUCGCAGUCGCGCGCCUUCUUGUCAGAAGAUGGCUUGCCUCAGCCCAUCGAAUACUUUGUGGCAUCAGACGCUAGUGCUAUCAUUGAACACACCAAGAGGGUCUUGUAUCUCGAGGAUGAUGACAUCGCACAUAUCUCCGAGGGAGAGCUCCACAUUCACAGGCUGCGCCGUAAUGAUGGCCUCUCUUCAAUGCGCUCGAUUGAGACCCUCGAGGUUGAGCUGGCCGAGAUCAUGAAGGGCUCCUUCGACCAUUUCAUGCAAAAGGAAAUCUUCGAGCAGCCAGAGUCUGUCGUCAACACGAUGCGUGGUCGUGUGAACUUCGACACCCGUCAAGUCAAGCUGGGCGGCCUCACCGCAUUCUUGAACACGAUGCGUCGCUGCCGCCGCAUGGUUUUCAUUGCGUGCGGAACAAGUUAUCACUCGUGCUUGGCGACCCGUGCCAUCUUUGAGGAGCUGACUGAAAUCCCCAUCUCCAUCGAGCUGGCUUCAGACUUUUUGGACAGGCGCACACCCAUCUUCAGAGACGAUGUCUGUGUGUUCGUCUCGCAAUCUGGCGAGACUGCAGACACCAUCUUGGCUUUGAGAUACUGUUUGGAGCGGGGCGCUCUCUGCUUGGGUCUUGUCAACACUGUGGGCAGCACAAUCUCUCGUGAGACCCACUGCGGUAUUCACAUUAACGCGGGUCCCGAAAUUGGUGUUGCUUCCACAAAGGCGUACACUUCCCAAUACAUUGCGCUUAUCAUGAUGGCGGUACAGCUGUCCGAAGACCGCAUCUCAAUGGCCGAGCGUCGCCAGACCAUCAUUGAUGGCUUGCAUGAACUCCCAAGCCAGAUCCGUGCGAUCUUGGAACAGGACAAGGCCCUCCAGACUUUGGCGCACGGUACUUUGGCCAAGGAGCGAAGCUUGCUCAUCAUGGGACGUGGAUAUCAGCACGCGACUUGCUUGGAAGGAGCGUUGAAGAUCAAAGAAAUUUGCUACAUGCAUUCCGAGGGUAUUCUGGCAGGAGAGCUCAAGCACGGGCCCUUGGCGCUGAUUGACGAGUCUAUGCCAGUCAUCAUCAUCAUGACCAAAGACUCACUCUACCCCAAGGUGCAGACCGCCUUGAUGCAGGUCACUUCCAGAAAAGGACAACCUAUCAUCAUCUGCAACGAUGACGAUCAAGACAUCAGUCCUCAAAGCAAGACCAUCAGGGUGCCUCGAACUGUUGACGCCCUUCAAGGACUCUUGACGGUCAUUCCUCUCCAACUGCUCUCAUACCACCUCGCUGUCGCUGCUGGCGUCGAUGUCGACUUCCCUCGAAACUUGGCAAAGUCGGUCACCGUAGAGUAGACGGCACGCGAUGUCGGUCGAGGCUUGUUGCAAGCAGACUCUUACAGCGACUUCUCUAGAACGCCUAGCGCAGUCAAGAGAAGGCGAUGUGACUGGCGCUGGUCACUAUGUGGUUGUGAAGCAGACCUUUUCCUCCCUUUUUUCCCCCUCCCUGUAACCCCCAGACAAAGUCGCGCAACCCUCAGCUUCCAGAAUCUAAAGUUCCAUCCCGCAUUUGGCCCUGAAAUCAUAGGUCUGCUUUCGUGCGACGAUGGUCCGUCUCCUGUACGGCGCUCAGCUUAUGCGCCACAUGAACUCGUGACUCCUGUCGAAUGCCCGACACAGAGAAGCCCCACGCAACACGGACAAAU